CGGGCACAGAGCCCUGUUCGCUCUGCCAGCCGCUCCCUGCAGGGGGGGCUCGCGCCAGGCGCGAACACCAGCGGCUGUUAAAUAUGGGGCUCGUGAGCCCUGUCGCGGCUGCGAACGUGGGCCGAGCCUGGCCGGGAACGGAUGAAGCGGGCUCUCCCCGGCACCCAGAGCGCUCGCGCCCGUGCCCCGCCUGCUGCUCGCACUGAGCACGGGGCCCCGGGAGGCUGUUGGGUCGAUAGCGCAGCCAUGGCGCUCCCUGUUCCCUGCCGAGCCGGGGGCGCUGGGGCCACGCUCCCCUGGGCCUGGCAGGGCUGCGCGGCAAGAGAGGCAGGAUGGAAACUGAAGGAGGGCGCGAGCCUGCCCGAGGAACGGCCCGGAAACUAGCGCGCCCAUAGCGCCAUGUGAGCGGCUGGUGCAGGGGGAAGCCGGCUCGGCCGCUCCUCUGUCCGUAGCGCUUCAGCGGCGGGGGGUUAACUGGUAGCGGAGUGUUUUGAGGAGAGAGCUGCUGCUUCUGGCGGGGGCUAGGGAGCGCUCCAGCCGGAUACCAGAGGCAGGCGGGAGUGGUUUUGAUUGGGCUUCUGUCAUGCGACGUGGAAUCCCCCCUCUCUCAGGGAGCCUUCCGCUCCCAGUGGUCAAGGAGCCUGCCUCCUCCUCCCCUAUAUGUCAGCUCUGUCAGAGCCAGAAUAGCCACUUCCAGCCAGUUCUUCCCAUGCUCACCACCAGCUCCCUGCUGGUUCCAGCCGAGAGAGUGGCCAUUAGCGGGCUGAAAAAAAGGGUCUAAUUAUAGCUUGCCCUUGGCAAGAAUGCCCUUGUCGCUCUCCCUCAGUGCUAGAAACCCUUCGCCUGCCACAGUGCUUCUUCGCAGGCUUCCUUCGGACUUAUACUCAGAUUCAAAUGGUCAGUCUCAAGGGCGUUCUCUGGCGGACCUGCCAUUUAUUGGGGCAGUUUUGGUCCUGCAGUUAAUUGUAAGAGCAUAUGCUAUCAUUUACACAUCAGCCUGAUUGUGCUUCAAAACAACAUUUAAUAUUUAAAUGUUAGCACUUGCCCCAACUAUUAAAUGUGGGUGCCAAAACAUGCUAGCAAAAUCAGAGGCUGAGCUGAAGCCUUUUUAACUCUGAGUCAAAUUUGGGUGCAUGCCUACAUUUAGGCAACCAAAUGAAUGUGGCCUGAUUGUCAGAGGUGUUGAGCAGCUAAAACUCCCAUCAAUCUUGGUGAGAGUUUUGGGUGCUGAUCAUCAUGCAGAAUCAGGUCACUUAUAUUUAGGCACCUCAGUGAGGAUGAGAGUGCCUAAUUGUAGGCACUGUAUUUGAAAAUUUUGGCCUGUGUUACUUGCUGAAGGUUACAUAUUAAAGAUCAGGAGUUUACAGUUCCCAGUCUCGUGAUCAGAAUAUUUUGUACUAUGCUUAUUUACAAAGCAAGCUGUGAAAGAGAAGUGAGUAAUUCUCAGGAUAAUGGGAACUGGAGUACUUGUGGCACCUUAGAGACUAACAAAUUUAUUUGAGCAUAAGCUUUCGUGGGUAGCCCAUGAAAGCUUAUGCUCAAUAAAUUCGUUAGUCUCUAAGGUACCACAAGUACUCCUGUUCUUUUUGUGGAUACAGACUAACAUGGCUGCUACUCUGAAACCUCUCAGGAUAAUGUAUUCCUGUGACUAAUAAUUACACCUGUACCCCAAUAUAACGCUGUCUUUGGGAGCCAAAAAAUCUUACCACGUUAUAGGUGAAACUGUAUUAUAUCGAACUUGCUUUGAUCCGCCAGAACGCGCAGCCCUGCCCCCCUGAAGCACUGCUUUACCAUGUUAUAUCGGGUCGUGUUAUAUUGGGGUAGAGGUGUACUAUAAAAUCUUAACUAGAAAUAGAAAUAUGGUAUGAGCUGGAACAGAACUGGAGGGGACUACCUGAAGGAGCUGUACUGCUAUUUGAUUUAUGUAUAAUCAGCUGGACAUGGAUUUGCACAGCUCAAUUGAAACACCUGAUAAAGUAAAGGCUGAUGCUCCUGUAUAUGUUGGUAAAGAAGAAGACAUAAAACAAUCCCAAAGAAUAACAGCCAGUGUCCAUGACAGAGAAGUUGUCGUUUUCUACCAUGAAGAGAAAUUUUAUGCCAUGGACCGUCGCUGUUACCAUGCAGGAGGUCCUUUACAUCUUGGAGAGAUAGAGGAUAUCAAUGGACAGCCCUGCAUUAUUUGCCCUUGGCACAAGUAUAAAAUUACUUUGGCAACAGGAGAAGGCUUAUAUCAAGCAAUAAACCCUACAGAACCAUCAGCAACACCAAAAUGGCGAUCAAAAGGAAUAAAGCAAAGAACUCACAAGGUUACUGUAGACAAUGGAAGUGUUUAUGUGACUCCUUCGGACUUAUCUAUCAGCUGUGACUCUGAUUACUAUGCUGAUAAGUACAAAAAGACUGGAAGUUCUGAUAUGAAAAAAUAAUGUACAUCCUGAACUUCAAAAUCAGUGGCCAUAAUGCAAAAUACCAGUGUCUGUGUACAAGGCAUUAUCAGUAUCACAGAAUAUGCAAAAAAUUUUCUAGAUAUUAAUAUAAAGAAAUACUAGUGUUAAUCUUA